ACCUUUUGUUUGUGCGACUAGCGGCAAGACCGUUUCGAUUGUCGAAUUUGAAGUCUCGUGGUACCGGGGUCUGGCUCGGGAUUGGCUAUCUCUUGGACGUGCCGAGCUUGACGAAGGGUUUAAUGGGAAAUGAAUCUUUCUUGCGCUUCGUGCUCUAGCUCAUUGCUCUUAGCGCGAGCUUUCUUCUUGCCGAGUGGGUCUUGUUCGUCUGGUCCACAGAUCUCGUUUGGAGAUGGAUCUUCAUUCCGUAUGGUUCUGACUGCUCGCUACAGGAUUUUGCCAGCUCUGGACGCGCAGUUGUUGAAGAAGCGCAGUGGAGACGUGCAGAAAUAUCUCGAGAGCUGAUGAACAAUGUCGUGCAAAUCGAUUGUCAAGGGCCAGCUUUCACGAGAGUUCCUUAUACGACAUCAGAGUGUCUGUCGUUGGGUACAGAGACCAUUAAAGAUGUCAACUUUUAUGUCAGGUAGCACACAUUGGGCAUCGACGUGAAUGAUCAACGUGGGUCUCGACCGAGUUGAUUCGAUUUUGAAACUUUACACAACUCGUUGUGUGAGUGGGGAAAUUCAAACAGCCUCAACGGAUCAAAUUGUCCACUCUUCUGGAGUAUUCUUCUCAAUAGUUUUAUCUUUCUCACAAUAUAACUGGUUCUAAUGGGCGGCGGAGGCAAAGCUUGGAAAGAGUCUGGCAUCCUUGCUUUAAUGGGCGAUUUAAGUUCAGGGUAGUGUCAAAAAGUUGGAAGCUGUGCUCGCGAUUGAAAUUUAAGAAAUGGAGGAGGACGGGAGCUCUUCUUUCAGCAGUCUAGAGGCAUAUGCGAGGGCUUUGAGGAAGACACCACACAGAUUUUGGGAAAGAGCUGGUGUAGUGAGUUCGGUAGAGGCUGAGCUCACAGAGGUUAGAUCUCUUUCUGGAGUGGCAAUGAGACGGCGGUUGGAAUGGUAUGAGGUCGUGGGAAUGGGUGUGGGUGGCAUGGUUGGGGCGGGGAUUUUCGUGACCACGGGUAGUGUCGCGAGAAAUAAUGCCGGCCCAGCAGUCAUUUUUUCUUAUCUUUUAGCGGGCUUUACGGCGCUCCUCUCCGCCUUGUGCUACACAGACUUUGCCGUGGAGCUGCCAGUUGCUGGAGGAGCUUUCAGCUACUUGAAAAUUACAUUUGGUGAAUUUGCCGCUUACUUUACUGGAGCGAACUUAAUCAUGGAGUACGUCCUCUCGAAUGCUGCUGUAGCACGCACAUUUUUAUCAUAUCUUGUUUCUGUCUUCUCAUCACGAGGCGCUGAUUCCUGGAGGAUCAAGGCAUCAGGAUUAGCAGAUGGAUUCGAUCACCUCGAUUUUGCAUCCUUGGCUCUUGUUGUAAUUAUUACGACCAUUCUUUGCUACAGCACAAAACACGGUGCAGUUUUCAACCUGGUGGUAACGGUCAUCCAUAUGAUAUUCAUACUGUUCAUUGUUGUGGUCGGAUUUGCCGAGGGAGAUGCCAGGAAUCUGAUUGUGCCCGGAUAUACGACCAGUGCUGGAGGAAUAAGCCCGUAUGGACUGCAGGGUAUUUUCAAUGGAGCUGCUAUCGUCUACUUUAGCUACAUUGGGUAUGAUGCAGUCUCCACAAUGGCCGAAGAAGUGAAAAAUCCAAGUAAGACGAUGCCCAUUGGGGUCGCUGGCUCGGUUAUAAUUGUGACAAUUAUCUACAGCUUGAUGGCAACAUCCAUAUGUCUACUCCAACCAUAUGAUAAAAUUGAUCCAGACGCACCAUUUGCAAUGGCCUUCAAGGGCUUGGAAGGCUGGGAAUGGGCUGCUACUUUUGUCGGGGUGGGAGCGAGUUUGGGCAUUCUUACAUCUUUACUGGUGUCGAUGUUGGGCCAAGCACGUUACUUGUGUGUUAUAGGCCGUUCUCACGUUGUGCCUUGUUGGUUUGCUAGGAUCCAUCAUGGUACUGGUACUCCAGUCAAUGCCACAGUAUUUCUUGGAUUAUGGACUGCGAUAAUCAGUCUCUUUACUGAUCUAGAAGUACUCCUUAAUAUGGUGUCAAUUGGCACACUUUUCGUAUUCUACAUGGUGGCAAAUGCCUUGGUUUUUUACCGACAUGUGGGACAGAGAAACAGGAACUUGUCUGCUACACUAUGUUUCCUGGGUCUUCUAACGACAUGUUCCCUCGGUUUUGUGAUUGUCUGGAGUAUGAGUCCUGGUUGCUGGUGGGGCCUGACACUUUUUGGGGGUGUUUCAGUCAUUAUAUCUAUCAUAUUUUACUGCUCGGUUCCACUCGUAUCUCAUGAGCCACGAGACUGGGAGUUACCAAUGAUUCCUAUCGUUGCAUCCAUGUCUAUAUUUCUCAACGUUUUCCUUCUCGGCUCAGUGGAAGCGGCUGCAUACAAAAGGUUUGCACUCUGGAGUGCUGUAGCUGUGGCUUACUAUAUGCUGUAUGGUGUUCAUGCAACACAUGAUGCAGCGGAGAAAUUAGGUAACAAAGGUACGUUCUUGAUAAUAGAAAACAUCGAACUAGACAUGGAAGUGGAUGGGAAUAUGGACAUGGAGGGUAGACCUCUUGAGCCGAUGAAAGGGAAGUCUUAGUUUUUUUUUUCCUACACAAUGAAUCUUUCCACUUCCUGAUGAACAUAUCUUUUCGCUCAGUUUAGAUUCAGACGGAAACUUUCCAAGUAACCUCACGGCUGAAUGUAUAAACAUUGUGAGGAUGGGACGUUAGCUUAGUAUACUGUAAUAUAGUCGACAGUGUAGAUUCAAAAUCAAUGACGGAAGUAAAAUGUAGGAAUUCCAGCUUUCAGAUUGUACAAUAUUAGAUACUCUUUACAUUUUGCUAUUGUCUUUUAGUCAAAUUGCUGUCAGAGUUUACUUACUAAUGGCAUUCAUGGGCUUUCAGUGCCUGUUGUCAGG